AUGGCUCAUGCUCCUCUACUUAGAAACAACACGGCUCCUGUAUUCCAGAACCCCGGCGGAAUUGGCGGCCUACCCAAUACCAUGAGUAAUGCGCCGCGCGCCAGCCAACUCUCCGGCUCGACAGCAUAUACAUCGUCCUCCGGCUCCAUCACCUCCCUAGCAAGUGCAUCGACUGUGACGCCUGCCCAAAAUGGAGGACCAGUUGUCGCAACGGCAAACAUUAUCAACCAAAAGGCGGAUGCCUCGCGCUCCCUUUACCAGAUUUGCAUGUCGUUGAAGCAGCGCUUAGCACAAGUGCCCGGUUUCGACCCCUAUCUGCAACAGUUGGACCCCAACGACCCCGUCGAAUCUCUGUGGAGCCUUUUCCGUACUGGUUACCCAUUUUUGGACAUUUACAACGCUCUGCAGCCCGAGAAGACACUCGAGAUUGAAGACACGAAUGCUGCUGCAUCCGAAAGCAAGAAAUCAAAGAUCGCUAUUUUCAAAUUUAUCCAGGCCUGUCUGAAGGAGUUGAGUAUCUCCUCUGCCGAAUGCUUCGUCAUCAGCGAUGUCCUGGGCAAUGACACGACUGGGUUCGUGAAGACAACUCAAGUGGUAAAUUAUGUCCUUGAUCUGGCAGAGCAACGAGGUCUCCUACUACAGCUGCAACCUUAUCCCGAAGAUGACAUGCCAAAAGAACCCGGCUCCAAGCUGAGUUACCGAGACCACAUCAUUAAGGAACUGGUCGACACGGAGCGCAAGUAUGUCCAGGAUUUGGAGAAUCUGUACGAUCUUAAGAGCAGUUUGGAGACCAAGGGUAUCAUUACCGGCGACACCAUCCACCAGAUCUUCCUCAACAUCAACGCUAUUCUCGAUUUCCAGCGCAGAUUCCUCAUUCGGGUUGAGACUACAAACUCUAUGCCCCAAGCAACACAGCAAUGGGGCGCUCCUUUUGUCGCAUAUGAAGAUGCGUUCGACAUUUACCGACCCUUUAUUGCUAACCAGCGAAAGGCGGCCCAGGUUGCCAGCCAAGUCUUUGACCAGAUCAAGGCUGCCGGCCACCCUGUAGCGGUAGACUUUAACACUCUCGAUGGCUUCCUGCUUAAGCCCAUGCAGCGACUUGUGAAGUACCCGCUUCUGUUGAAGGAUCUGAUGAAGAAGAGUGAUGAUGAGGAAAUCAAGGCCGACUUGGCGGCGGGUAUUGAGGCUGCCGGGCGCGUUCUGUCUAGGGCCAACGAAGAAGUCAACCGUGAUCUUUUGGACGAGGCUCUGGAUGAUCUGCGAACCCGAGUUGAUGAUUGGAAGAAUCACCGCGUGGAACAGUUUGGCAGAUUGCUGAUGCAUGGCGUUUACACCGUCGUCACUGGCAAGAGCGAGCAAGAAAAGGACUAUGAAAUCUACCUUUUCGAAAACAUCUUGCUCUGCUGCAAGGAAAUCUCGGCGAACAAGAGUAAGGACAAGAAGGACAAGACUCGGUCUACCGGUCCAAAAAUAAGGAACAAGAAUGCCAGACUGCAAUUAAAGGGCCGCAUCUUCAUGACCAAUGUCACUGAUGUCCUCUUUCUUUCGAAGCCCGGUUCAUACAGUGUCCAGAUUUGGUGGAAGGGCGACCCCGGCGUGGAGAACUUCAUGAUCAAGUAUUCCAACGAGGAGCAGAUGAAGAAGUGGGCCGAUGCCCUGGAGUCGCAGCGAAAGGACAACGCGCCCAAAGCCUCAACGAGCCCUGACCAGGCGGCACCCGACUUUGCCUGGACUCGUGAACACGGCGGCAAGCUCGAGAACCCGUACCUUAACCAAGACGACGACGAUGACGAGGAGCUCUGGCCGGCAGCGUCUGCCCCCGCACAAUUCCCGAUGCCCACUCAGUCUACCGGUGGCCAUAUGCUGCCACGCAACCCAUCAAGCACUAGCCUGCGACAGCGUUCUGCGACAGGAGAGAGCCUUGCUGGUAUGGCGAGAGCACCGCCGCCCAGGUUCCCGCUCCCACAGCCCCCGGUUCCCUUGAGCUUGCAGACUCAGGCUCCUCUCCCUGGUGCUUCUUCACCUGGAGCUCGCGGUGGCGAUUCCUACUUCUCCCCGGUUGCUGAAUCUCCUGUCUCCUCGCGCACAAGUGCCACAAGCGGCAUGUUUACCACCCCCAACUACCAGUUCCCCAAGUCGCUCACACCUCAGCCUGGUUGGGGUGAUGAUCCGAAUCAGAGGUACACGGCGCCUGCCAUGCCUCGUGCGCCAUCCAGAGAUGGCGCUCCCCAGAGGAACCCCCGUGGGCCCUCGUUGCCAGCUAUGGCAUCCAACAGCCAGAGCGCCGCACAGCAGCAGCGGAGCAGAUCCUACAGUACCCCCGAUAUCAACGGCCCAGGAAGUAUCCGUCGCACUCAGGGCGGCACCCCCGUCCCAGCUGUUCCUGGUAUUCCCCCACACCUGCAUCCCGCUCAUGACCAAAACAUUCCUCGGUCUCAGACGGGCUCUCCCAGGAUGAACGAUAUGCCUGUCCGCUCGAACACGCAGAGUCCCGGCGCCCAGCGCGAACGGCAGUAUGGCCACCAGCAGUCUGGAAGCUACGGCGGCACAAUGUCGCAGUUCCCUGCUCAGCCGAUCUACCCUCGUCAAGGAACGCCAAACUCUGUCGUCCACGACAGACAGCUCAGCAUUGACGCUGCUGCAUCCAUGAGCGCGAUGAUGUCCCCUCCUCUUGGCACUGGCGUCAGCGCGACUCAGUCGAACCCGCUUGCCAGCCCAGAACUCCCGAUACCGACGCAGUUGAAGGUCAAGGUGAACUUUGUCGACAGCGGCAACUAUGUCACCCUGGUUGUUGCGUUUAACAUCACCUAUCAAUCUCUGAUUGAUCGUAUCGAUGCCAAGCUUGCACGGUUCACCAACAGCAGCAUCAGCAAGGGAAUGCUCAAGCUGCGCUACCAGGAUGAGGACGGUGACUUCGUCACCAUUGCCAGCGACGACGACAUCCAAAUCGCCUUUAUUGAGUGGCGCGAGGGUGCCCGUAACACCAACCCAGGCGGAGUUGGUGAGAUUGAACUCUUCUGCGUUGGAGAGACGGCCUGA